AUGGAUCCUGGCCAGUGGCAGACCCCGACCUCGAUUAUUCCCGCACACCAACAGGUCACCAGUACCAAAUCAACCUUGAGCCACCUUACCCAGCCGCCAUACUUGAACCCAACACUUCUCAAUUGGCCCCAUCCCAACCUCGCCGGGAACCAACAUAGCCUUGCACCCGUACCGUCCCAUCAUUUGGGAAUGAUUCCGGGAGCAAUCAAUCACCCCCCAGGCUAUGUCCAAGUUGCACGCCAAACCCGUGGCCUUCCAGAUCUAGACCCGGCACGCGCAUCCUACUUGCACAAGAACACAAGAGAUUUUGAUUACCAGAUUACAAAUGACAUGUACUCGGGGGUUCCAGUCCCAAUCAAAGCAAGCUUACCCGGCAACACUCUCAUCUCGGCCGCUCCUGUACGCACCCCAACCACCCCAGCUGCCCAGCCUACUACGGUCCCACCCACCAUUGCCGCUGGGGGGAAGCAAAAGCCUAAACGCUCAGCUGAGGAAAUGGCUAGGGCUGCGGACGAGGCAGCCGCAGUUUGUGCAGACAAAAAUCAGAAGAAGGCCAUUGAGACCAGAGAGAAGAUGUUAGAGAAGGAACGCGCGGCAUUGCGCCGUGAAUCUGAGGCGGCCGCAAAGACACCGCAGAAAACUUGGCCGGAGGACAAGUCCCUCGAGCUUUUAAGAUUCUGGAAGUGUGUCAAAGACAAACACACCUGA